CUGGGGGGCCCCCCCGGAAAGGAGCGGGUUUUCGAGGUUCUUGGAUGAGCUGACGGUGAGGCUGCUGAGCCCCGCAAAGCUGCAGGAAUUCGGCUGGAAUCCCCCCCCCCCCCCCCCCGAUGUGGGGCAGGAGAAACCGAGCGAGGGGGGGGAGCCCCCAAAAUCGAGGGGGUGAAAACAGGGAGCUGCGGGAGGAGGAGGAGGAGGAGGAAGAGGAAGAGGAUCCAGGAGGGGCUGCAGCCGUGUGGGGCGCCCCCACGGCACAACGGCAGCUGCGGGAACUGCAGGAGCGCAUGGAGAGUGCCCCCAUUGUCCCCAAUGUCCCCAUCGAUGUCCCCAAUGACGUCCCCCAGGCUCCAGGAGGAUUUUGCCGCCUCGCAGCGCCUGAACCGGGUCCUGGAGGAGCGCCUGCAGGGCCUGGCGCAGACGGUGGCCCUGCAGAGGGUGGCGCUGUCCCAAAGGCUGGCUGAGGCCCUACAGCAGCUCGUGGGGCAGGAGGCGGCCAUGGGGGUACAGAUCUCCCCAUGGCGUCCGACCCCCCGUGACGGCGAUGGGGACAACGAUGAGGGGCCGCUGCCGCCCCCCCCGGCCUUCCGGGACCCCCCAGCCCCACAAUAAAGUUCUGCCAGCCCCACACCGCCCUGCGCCUUUGGGGGCCGGGGAGCCACCCUGGGGUCCCCAUGUCCCACUUUGGGGUCCCCAUGUCCACUUUGGGGUCUCCAUGUCCACUUUGGGGUCACUGUGACCCACUGCAGGGUCCCUUUGUCCCCUUUUGGGGUCCCCAGGUUCAUUUUAGGGUCCCCAUGUCCCACUUUGGGGUCCCCAUGUCCAUUUUGGGGUCCCCAUGUCCCACUUUGGGGUCUCUGUUCACUUUGGGGUCCCCAUGUCCACUUUGGGGUCUCCAUGUCCACUUCGGGGUCUCUGUGACCCACUUUGGGGUCCCCGUGUCCCAUUUUGGGGUCUCUGUUCACUUUGGGGUCUCUGUUCACUUUGGGGUCCCCAUAUCCCACUUUGGGGUCCCCAUGUCCCACUUUGGGGUCCCUGUGUCCCCAUGUUCACUUUGGGGGUCUUCAUGUCCCGUUGUUGUGUCCCCAUAUCCCACUUUGGGGUCCCCAGUACAACUUUGGGGUCCCCAUGUCCACUUUGGGGUCCCUUUGUCCCCUUUUGGGGUCCCCAGGUUCAUUUUAGGGUCCCCAUGUCCACUUUGGGGUCUCUGUGACCCACUUUGGGGUCCCCAUGUCCCAUUUUGGGGUCUCUGUUCACUUUGGGGUCUCUGUUCACUUUGGGGUCCCCAUGUCCCACUUUGGGGUCUCUGUGAACCACUGCAGGGUCCCUGUGUCCCCCUUUGGGGUCCCCAUGUCCACUUCGGGGUCCCCAUGUCCCCUUUUGGGUCCCCAUGUCCCACUUUGGGGUCCCCAUGUCCCCCUUUAGGGUCCCCAUGUCCACUUUGGGGUCCCCAUGUCCCACUUUGGGGUCCGCAUGUCCACUUUGGGGUCUCUGUGACCCACUGUGGGGUCCCCAGGGUCAUUUUAGGGUCCCCAUGUCCCUCUUGGGGUCCCCAUAUCCCACUUUGGGGUCUCUGUGACCCACUUUGGGGUCCCCAUGUCCCACUUUGGGGUCUUCAUGUCCCAUUUCGGUGUCCCCAUGUCCUACCUUGGGGUCCACAGUACAACUUUGGGUCCCCAUGUCCCCCUUUAGGGUCCCCAUAUUCCCAUUUUGGGGUCUCCUGACCCCACUGUUCGCCCCCCACCCCCUUUAUUUCCA